AUUGUAAUUAGGUAAUGGGCCAUCUCGGCCUCGAUACCAUUUGGAGAAAAAAAUAAACAAGUUCAGAACAUCAGCAACAACGGCAGGUAUACUAACAUAAUACCACUGGGGGUGGCAGUACAGUUGCAGGCUGGCUUGCGUCCGGAUACAGAACGUUAAGAGAGCAGAAUGGAUGACUUAAGCCCCUCUUCUGGGAUCAAAGAGACAAAAAAGGCUCCAGCAAGGCCUCCUUUACCUUCAAGUGCAAAUGCAUCAUCUGGAGCUAGUUCAUCAGGUGAAGAGAAAAGCCCAGAAAAGAGGUGUGCCAAACCUGUGCAGAUGCCAUCUAGCAUACAGCAGCAUUUAGAUGAAUUGAGGGAUUUACAAAAAAACAAAGUCAGAUGGUUUUACAAAGAAGGAAAAAAGUGGAUACCAUUUAAUGGAAAGGAUUCAUUAGUAAUGGAAGAGGAAUGGCAAGCUCUGCAGAAAGAAACAGAUGUUGGUAUGUCAGAGAAGCCCUCUAAGCCAACUGUAAGGGGCAAAUUGUUUGAGGUGGACCUCUUACAGAGACAGUGUUCUCCGCUGUAUUGGAAAGUAAAUGGGUCAUCAACACCAAUAUUACGAGGAACCUGGUUUAAGAAGACAACUUCGCUUGAUCAUUGGGAGCCUUUAGAUGAAAAUGAUGCUAUACAAAUAGAAAAAGCUCACCAAGGUGUCAUACGAUCUUUGGGUUAUGGGUCAUCUGAUGUUAUGGAAACAGAUUCGCCAGUUAUGCACAUGAUUAGACUUGGAGCUGCCACCAGGGUAGAAUGGCACGAAAUCAAUGAAGUGAGGUUAAUACACGAAACAACAGGCUCAAGACUUGCACAAAAGAUUGGUAUAGGAGGUUCUGAUAAUUUGGCAAGAGGUUGGCAUACUAACGCAUCUGUAAUUGAUGACAUACCGGAGAUAAACCAUUUAGUAUUUCUUAUACAUGGUAUGGGACAGUUGAUGCAUCAGGCUGGAGGAAUAGUUAGCAGUGCACACAAGUGUAUUGCCCAGUUCAAUUGGCAUAACACUGCUUUUAUAACCAGGUUUAGAGACAAGGUGAUAAAGAAGCAUUUCAAAGACUGUUUCAAAACUGGACGGGUAGAGUUCUUUCCCGUUGAAUGGCGCACAUCUCUCAAAUUGGACGAAGGUUUAGUUGAUGCCGUGACCCCGACAAACGUUAUUGGACUACGAAAGAUUAUUAACGAAACUACUAUGGAUAUUAUGUAUUACACAAGCUCGUACUUUAGAAACGAGAUCAUCAAAAGCUUGCGACAUCAGUUGAACAGCAUAUACGUGAAUUUCGUAAAUCGAAACCCGGAAUUUUUAGCCAGUGGUGGAAAAGUGUCAGUCAUUGCACAUUCAUUGGGAAGUGUUAUAUUCCACGAUAUUCUGACUGACUGGAACAAUCAAUUGCUUGAAGAACACAAGCAGCAAGCAGACAAAAACGUAGCAGCAGAGGGCAGAUGGUCGUGGAUUUGGGGAUCUGGAAAACGAAAGGUGGCCCAAGAGUCUCUGGAUGUAACGGAGGCGCAAAUUAAAGAGCGUGCAGCCCUUCAAGAAGAAUUGCGACAGACGAAGCUCAAGGUAGCAGAGCUUGAAGCAAAGAUACGUGCGGAUGAUAAUCAGCCAGCUGCCAAGGACAUGUGCCAGCAACAAUGUGGAAGCAACUGUUCCUUAAAUUUCAAGGUUGAGAAUGUAUUUAGCAUCGGAUCACCGCUGGGAGCAUUUUUGAUAUUAAAAGGGAUUAGGCCGAGAGAUGACUUAGAACAGCACAUCCUUCCAUCAUCUGUUUGUUCCAGAUUCUUCAACAUAUAUGACCCCACAGAUCCAAUUGCUUAUAGACUAGAGCCACUGAUUUACGAACAUUAUGCAGACAUACCGCCGGUAAAAAUCAAACGUCUGACAAAAUCGGGGUCAAUUGACGAGAAUGAAGAAAGUUCACUAAGGGAAACCGGUUCCGCAAAUUGGUUUAAGAGCUGGUUCAAUAAUCCUUCUAAAAUCCCACCUAAAGCUGCUUCAUUCCAUGAUGAGCACGUUGAGUUGCAACAAGAGACAGAGCAAGUGAUGGAUAUUUUAAAAGAGCGCAAAGCCCUCAAACAAAGAAUUGAUUACGUACUGGAAGGUGGCUUCGUGGAAUACCUUUCUGUGAUUACAUCGCAUACGUCUUACUGGGAGAGUCAAGAAUUCACAAGAUUCAUCCUGAAGACAAUUUCUGGUGAUCACAGUGAACCUGUAUAUGCUAUUGGUCUUUGAAUUUGAAACCUCCUUAAAAUUUAAUAUGAGUUAAAUUUCACUCAGUCUUAUCUUUUGGAAAUUAUUGUUCGGUGAAAUUAGUUCUCAGAAAUUUUCUGUCAAUUAACUUGUAAUUAAAUUUUUGCAAAUUAGUUUAUUUAUAGAGUUAAAGUUCUUAUAUUGCCGGCCAGUUCACCAAUUUUUGCAAAUAAAUGCAUUGGCACCUUGUGUUACUGUCGAAUGUUGCAAGCUUUAAGCUGAGAAUAUUUACAGUCCUUGCACGGAAACAGAACUAGUAAUUACGUAUUUUCACUUGAGAUGGGGUAGCAUCAGAUCAUUCGCAUGAUCUGAUAUUCAUGUGAAGGCGUUUACUUUUAACGAUGUCAAGCUAUUUACCUUGAAUUCCACUUA